GCGAUCACUCGCGCGCACGUCGCGCAGUUCCAUGCAGUACGCUAGACGAUAACGCGCCCCAUUUAAACGCAACACUCACUUUACUUACACAAUCGGCUCAUUCACACUUACGAUACUACGGCACAGGCCAUUAUUGAAUUAAGACGUCGAUCGUCCCAAAUUGCAGGAUUGGCGGGAGUGAUCCCCGAACCGGCUUUUGGACCAUAUGAUCUGCAUUGUAAUCGUCCGUAUUGCAUGGCCCUGAUCUCCGAUAUCGGUUCGCAGCCACGAUGUGGAUCAAAAGUUGAAAAGUGCAUUUGUCUCUUUGUCUAGACAUCCGUGUUAAGAUGACUCAGUGACGAUACUUUCUCGUAGUGUACAACCAUAUUUCUGUUUUGUGAAACGAUUAUGUUGGAGAUGUGAAUGUUGACGUUGGUGUAUUCAUUAGUGAUAAAUAAUAGGGUAGUGAAAUGGCUGGAGCUAGUGGAGAAGGCGGUGUUGUGGAGGAGGUAUCAUCAGGAAAUGCAGUGGAAGGACGAAAGCGUGGUCUGAGCGGGUCUAUGUCCCUCCGGACGCGGAAGUUGGGCCGGCGACUGUCACGGAGCAUGUCUAUAGUGGCUAUGAAGUUGCCAGAAAAGGCACACAGCAUUACAAAAACCUCGUCUAAAUUGAUGAGGACAGCCAGUCGUGAUAAGAAGAAUCGGUCCUUUGAGCUCUCGAUAAUACUUCCAGACAAAACUCAAAAACAGGUGACGGUGUGGGGCAACAACACAGUUGCUGAAAUAGUUUGUGAACCGCUUCGAGAAGUUGGUAUGGUAGUAGCUGGUCUUCCCACUGGCCCGCUGUGCGCACCUCAAGCAGUUCCCCUCGCGGGUCCCUUGCCACUACCUACAGCGUUCAGCGACACGCCGCCUGCUCCACCUGCAGCACUGUUAUUUCUUGGUGGCUCCAAAGCUCCUGUGGAACCAAGAGCAUCUGCGACUUCAUUGGAAGGCGAAGUUCUAGUAGUCGAAUAUCAACCUCCGCACUGGGACGGCAAAGACUUGGAGAUAUUCAUAGCUUGGGAGAAAAUUUAUGCUGCAACUUUGUAUUCAGCUGUGGAAUUAUUUGGAAAACCAUUACUACGUGCAGCAGUUAUCACUAAGGAAGAAUAUCACUUACUUUUCUAUUAUCUUGAAUCUGUGUCUGAAGCCAGUGAAGCAUUAACUGAGAGAAUGAGAAAAUACAUAGAUUCUGGUCUUUUGGUAAACGAUGGUAAUACAGAAGAUGAUGAUGCACACUCUAUAAUUUCAAAGAAGUCUAUUAUAGUUGAUGAGGAAGAAAAAAGUAUACUUACGGAGCUAAUUCAAGAAGGAAUCCUCUCCCAACAGGAUGUUGAUGGUUCUUCAGUAAUUACUAAUUCUGAAUAUAAUGAGUCAAUAGAUAACCAUAGAAUUGAAGAUGACAAUAGAUCUAGUAUUUCAUCUAUAACUGCUAGUCUUCGAAAAGUAAUUGUUGAUAUACCAAUAAAUUGCGAUGAAUCUGUGGCCGAUAGCUCUAUUAUAGAAAGCAGUGAUAAUGUAACGACUGUGACAAUUAGAAGCGGCGGACAAUGUUGCACCGACCAUAGAAUAUCAGCUGAUGCUAAUGAAAAUGUUUGGGCUAAUGUGAGAUGGGAUUUCCUUAAUCCGACUGACUUUGGGUAUGAUUUAGUGCGCAGUGUAAAACGAAGUCGUUCAGAGUCUGCUAUUGUAACUCCUGUUGCCAGGCGUCGAAAUGAAGAAUUAUAUGAAGCGUUACGUGAUGGUGAAUCUUGUGGAAGUGUAACACCAUAUGAGUCUAUUGAGGAUUUGUAUGACUGUAUCAAGAAUUCUAAAUAUACAAGCGCGGCUGCUGAAGAGUCUUCACCUUCAACAGAAAGCCAAUCUGAGCCACAAUUUCCGGAUUAUUAUGAAAAAGCCAGCACUACUCGACAAAGUUCAGCGAGUAGUGAUAAAAGCGGCACCUCCUCCGCUUUUCCCUUUUCGAAAUGCGGUUCGAGUGAUUCGACGGGUGCGUUCACGUCAUGUGAAUCGACUAGUGGCAUAAGUACAUUUGCUUCGAAAAGUAUUCCAGAAUCGCUUAAGUGUCGUGAGUUACCGCCUCCUCCGAUUGAAGACGGAGAGGGCGAGAGUGCGAUCUUGCUUAAGCAACUAUUUAUGGGAGAGUUGAUGGACGCUUAUGGAGAGUACCUUUCUGCAUAUCCGUUCGCUCGUGCUCUUCUUCGUCGAAAGGCACGUCGUGACGAGCACUUCACUGCACUUGCUGAUAUAAGAAGAGGGGCUGCCAAACACACCAUAAUAGAAUACCUCGAGUUACCGAUCGAGCGGCUAGCGCAAUACGAGCGAUUGGUUGGCGGUGGAUGCGCUCGCCGGCGGGCUGCCAAGCUUUCGGAUCUGGAGCGCGUACAGGAUUUGUUCCCGCAUGACUAUCUCGCGCUGCACGAUGCUGACGCGCCUGCCGCACUUGCCUCGCACCAUGCACAGAAAUCGAAGAGCCUCCGCAAGAGACCAAGCUUGGAUAUUGGUGGUACGGUCAGCACAAACAGCAACUCGUUAUCGCCAAGGACCUUCAUUAUGGAGGCUCCAGUCCAACUGUGUCCUUUGGGCUCUACCUCCCCACCGCUAGAUCGUAAUUUAUUUUUAUUCAGUGAUUUGCUACUUGUCGGAAAGUCUAGAGGCACUAAUUGUUUUAAACUUAAAGAAAGUGUCAGAUUAGCAGAAUUGUGGCUGUCCUUACCUGACGGUGAUGAUACAGGCUUUCGUAUUGGGUGGCCGACGGUUACUGGAGUCGCCAACUACCUCGCCACCUAUCCCACUCAAGCAGCUCGUGAUACUUGGUACAGGAAAAUACAAAAUGCUUUAAAUGCUCAACUGACCACAGAACCAAAAUCAACAAACAUUCAAAUCUUCUAUAAGGAUGUUACGAGUUCUAUAGAAAUUUGUAAAACCGUAUCAGUGGGUCCUGAUAUGAGUGCCAAAUGCGUUGUUCGGCAAGCUUUACACGUUCUUCAAAACGGAGGCCCUGAAGGGGAACAUGAGGGAGAUGGUGAUGGAGACGCUGAAGCCGAAGGUCGAUGGGGGCCAGCUGCCGACUUCACGCUGUAUGUCCAGACGACAAGGGAUGCACCACCGACGCCGUUGCAUGGCAUUGAAAGACCUCAUGCUAUUCAAAUGUCAAGGAUAAGGCAAACAUUAUCGAAUGAGGAUGGUUUUGAUUUGGAGCAUGUGAACGCCAAAAACAAUCCCUGUGGUCUGGUGUUCGAAUUAAGAAAGAAGAAUCAAGGUUUAAAAAGUGGAAACAAUACCCCCGCUCGAGGUUUGAGGCUACUUCGACGCAGUGGACGACUAUUUGGUAUCGCCCUCACGCGACUCUGCAACGGGACACCGCCACCCGCGCUGCUGCAAGCACUGCGUCGCUUGCGGUCUAUAGCGCCAAUAACACACGGCGUUUUCCGACGUAGUGCUAAUGCCAAAGCAUUGAGAUUACUAAGAGAUAAGUUGGAUGCGCUUGGUCCAUGGGCAGAAGGCUGCGCGGAACUGGACCGCGCGCCCGUCUUACUAUUGGCUGCUCUUGUAAAAGAGUUCUUCCGUGCGCUUCCACAGCCAUUACUAGUUGCAGAACUUUAUUCAUCGUGGCUACAAGUUCUUAGUUUAUCUCAAGUAGAAAAAGUAGCAGCCGUGCGCUCACUGUUGUUGAAACUACCAAAAUCGCACUAUACGAUGCUAACAUACUUUGUUUGUUUGCUGCAAGCUAUCGCUAAAAAAUCCAAUAUUAACCUCAUGUGCCCCAUGAAUCUUGGUGUUUGCGUAGGUCCCAGCCUCCUGUGGCCCAACACUCCCUGUGACAAAGCUCCCAAAGCAGUGCCAAUGGUUGUAGAACUACUUAUUGUUAAAGCUGACGAUUUAUUCGGACCUCAAAUUUCCAAUCUCUUAGGAAAUGGAAGUCCAGAACCUUCGAAUGCAUUACUAGAUUCAGGUGCAGAAGAAAGUGACAGCUUGCAUUCUGUCGGUAUAUCAUUGGAUUCUAUGGAAUUGACUACACCACGAAAAGAAAAACUAUCGCUUAGUAGGGAUUCGGGUUUAACUCUCUCUGAAGAUGAUUCAAAUAGCAAUGGUGGAAACAGUCCAGCGCCUAGAAAUAUUCUUCAUAGCCUAUCUGCACCGACGUGUAAUAUUCAACCAGAAUCUAAACUAGUAUCAAGAUACCACACAGAUAAUCACAACGUAAAUGGUCUCCCCCGAAUGACACAAAGGCAAAAUAAUUACUCAAAUAAGGCAGAAAUGUAUAGUACAGUGAAUGAAGAGUUAUAUACGAUACCAUAUACAGGAGAGAGAUAUGUUCAUAAUUCUAUAAACAUAGGAAUCUCAAACGGAAUCGACGAAAGAAAUUAUGUUUCUAAAACUGCACUGCAACGAUCUACAGUAGAUAUUUAUGGACAAAGUCCAGCAAAAUAUAUAACAGGUUUAGAACCACAGAAACCACCAAGAAGUUUGUCAAAGGCAGCUCGAACAUCGAAGGUUUACAGUAUGUUCGCUGAAACACAAGAAAUGGAAAAGAAUCCAUCAAAUAAAAAUUUUAACAGAGCAAAGAGCUCUGAUAAUCUAUUAGAACCAAAACAAGAAUCGAUAGAUAAUAAACGCGACCUAGUUUCUAGUCAAGAAAAUAUAGUAUACAGUAACAUACAUGACCUGGCCAUGUUCACGGAAAAUAUUCAAAGGCAGAAUCAAUACCAAACACAUGCAGAAAUUAUGAAAAAUAUGUCAAAUACAAAUUACUCCCGAGUUUAUUCUGGCUGGGAGCAUAAAAGCACGAAUUAUAAUAGUAGCACUGGUAAUACAGUUGAUAUUUAUGGACAAAUGACUAAGAAACAAGGAGAAACUUCACAGAAUAAAUCCAGUGGAAACGCAACACCGGCAGCCACCAUUUUUACAAGAAAUGACUGGUCUCGUCAAGCAGCUAGAACAAAGAGUUUAGAAGUUAAUGAAGAAGGGCAAAGUAAUAGUACAGAAAAAGUUCGUAAUGGAAAUUACGAUGUGAAUAUUUCGAACUUUUGUCGAAAGAGGCGUUUUGACCCCGCGCAUAUGUGUACUAAGACUUGUGGGACAUCACAGUCGACAAAUAGUAGAGAAUAUGAGAAACAUACAAUGAAUCCAUUACAAAAUUCCUAUUCGUACGUUGACGGUAUACAUAGUAGCAACUCGGAAGAAAAUAAAAAGAUAAGACAUCGCAAUUACACAAAUCACAAAUUAAAUCAGUCGAAAUCAUUAGCGAAUAUCGUACUGCAUAGCGAUUCUAGCAGCUGCGAUACCUUAUAUCAACCUCAAAACUCAUUCAACAGCCGAUCAACAGAAUCACCUGCCAGCGAGAAUUCCUUUGAAAAUAAUUACACUAGCCAAUAUAUUGAACCUUUGUACACGUCUGUAUAUAAUCGUAGAAGGGAUAUAUUCCAUGAGGAUAAAUCAUCUAACAUGUUUACUUCAGACAUCUACAAGGCUACUCCCACAGCUGUUCAGCCUGAGUAUCAUUCAUCAGAGAAGGAGCAAAACAACAACAAGAAGCCACCUCACAUGCCACCACCGGUGCCACCGAGAAAAAUGAUACAGAGAGUCCUGAAAAAUUUUCAGCCGGUACAUGUGAAUAAGGAUGAAAAGACGCUUAGAUCUAAGUCAGUACCCCGUCUAUACAAUGGUACUGAUAAAAACGACCACAUCGCUUUGGAUUGUUCCGAGUCUGACACGGAAUCUGAAUCUUACGUCUAACGUUACUAAAGCACAAGAAUCGUCAUAAAUGGCUAGAGUGAUUAAUGCAAUAUAAUAUGCCAGUAGGUAAAACCUAGAUUGAGUAAAUUAUUAAAAUCAAAUGCAUGUUUUAGAAAUAUUUUUAGAGUUUUACAUGCUCAUCACUUGUAGUAAUUCAAUUCAUUGAUUAUAUUUGUCUAUUUUACAACUUGUAUGUGACGUCCUGUGUGAGCAUUAUAUGUAUUGUUAGAUGAAUCCCGCCUGAAAUUUUAUGUAUGUGACCAUAACCUGAGUUGUUUUGGUGAUGUAAU